AUGUUCACAUGAAAUUUUGUGGAAAAAAAAAACUAAAAUUAUUGAAAAUUCACUCUCUUGAUGAACCGAAAAAAGUAUUGAGAUUACGCUUAUUUUUAAUGAGUUUUAUUUUAUUCGUAGCGAGUCCAUAUAUUAUAUCAUAAUUCAUUCAGCAUGGCAAAACCAGAGCAAGUUUUGAUCAUCGAGCCAAAAUACGAACUGACAUUUCGAGGUCCGUUUACGUCAUCGGUCACAUCGUCCAUUAAAUUGACUAACCCGACGGAUCAUAAAGUAUGUUUCAAAAUCAAAACCACCGCGCCAAAGAAAUACUGCGUUCGUCCAAAUUCUGGGGUGCUGGACCCUCAGAGUCGUAUCGAAAUCGCAGUGAGCUUGCAGCCAUUUGAUUUUGAUCCUCAUGAAAAAAAUAAACAUAAAUUUAUGGUACAGUCUAUAGUAGCGCCAGAUGAUUUCAACUUGGAAGCUUUGUGGAAAGAAGCAUCUCCAGAAUCCUUAAUGGACUCGAAGUUAAAAUGCGUCUUCGAAAUGCCUAGCGAAAUCAAUUCAGUACCUUCAAAUUUUUCAGUCGCUGAAAAAGAAGAUCUUAAAAAGAAAGAAUCCUCAAAUUCAGCAGAUUCCGCUGAAACCGAACUUCAGAAAGCCAGCAACGAAAUAGCGCGUUUAAGAGAAGACUUAAGCUCUACGCAAAGAGAAAAUUUACAAUUGAAGGAAGACUUAAUAAAAGCUCGUCAGCAACAAAUACCGAUACAAUCAACGUUGAAUGUUAAGAAAACGAACCAGCCUUCUCUGCUGGAAGGAACACAAAUUACUCCAGUUAUCUAUUUGGCUUUUGGCGUGAUCAUCGGACUGUUGUCCAUUUUAAUUGGAAAAUAUAUUUUUUAAGGGUUAAUUAUUUGCCGACUAUCGUAUUUUUCGCUGUAGAAAUGUACCGUAUUCAUUUUAUCACCAUUAAAGAUUAAUUCAGUGGUGGUAAUGAUAAUUGAUUAAAUUGAUACUAUUAUUAUUUUACUAUUUAAUUACUAUUAUUAUUAUUUACAUCUACGAUUACUAUUAUUAGUAAUUUUAUUUAUUAUGGUUUAUUUAUUUAUUAAUAAUUUUUGUUUGUUUGUUUACUUGUUUGUUUUUCCUUUCUUCUCCUCUUGUACAUAGAAAUUAGCUUUUUUUUCGACUUGAAUUUAAACGGCUUCUCGAAAAUUCUACUACCAUUCCUAUUUCACUAUAUAAUGGAAUACAACCACCGUAUAGAUUUUUUUUCUAUUUUGGCGGCCAAUCUAUCUCCUUCCUCUCUAUAUCUCUCUUUCCCUGUCGCGUUUGAUGAAUUGUACAUGAUUUACUAGAUUUAACGUGGCUGCAUUCUUUUCGUAGUCGUUAACAGUUCGUCGCCUCUGAACUAAGCGUCGAAGAAUUAUUUUACGUGGUAUUCCUUCGUAUGCCCUACGAAAAGAGUGCAGCUAUUUAAUAAGUCGAACAAAUUCGUAUUAUUACAAAGCUUCGCCCGAUGAAUUUCAAAUUACAUAUGACAUGUAGGAGUAAGAGAGUAAUCUGUGGUGUGUGAUGAUGAAAUUCAAAAAACAUGUAAAUAGCUUCCUUUGUUUUUCUUCGAUAUCUGUCCAACCCAUAUGAUAGACUACAAACGAACGAACUAGAAAAAAAAAAUGAUUCUGAAAUAAACCAAACCAAAAUAGCGUUUUAGCAUCUAAUAAUAAUAAUAAUAAUAAUAAUAUAGUAAAGUAUACGCACCUGUGUAUCACUACCUAGGAUAAAUUAUGCGGCCUGAUAGCAUUUUUUGUAUUUUUACAUAUUGGUAAUGUAAGAUGAUAAACAUGUUGAAGAUUUAUAGUUUAUUAGAAAAGUGUAUAUUUUGGUUUUCAACCAUUUUAUCCGUAUGAUUUUGUUCAUCGUGUUGGCUUCGAACGUGUUUCGUUUAUUACCUACCCGUAUAUUGCUAAUAUGUAUUUACCUGUUUAUCAGAUGUAUCAUCGCUUUGUAACACCAUGUAAAACCAUAACCAUUAAAAAUAAAGUACGUUAAAAUUUUCA